CAGAUAGCGUGCUGUAUGAAGUUCGUCAACGACUGCAUGGAAAAUGUGCCGAAAGUCGCUUCGACUUUGUUUCUUGAUGCUUUUAAGGAAACCUUGGAUGGCAUAUGCACAGCAGCUUCGAAGGAACAUGAGGUGUACGACAAAGCUAUCGGAUGCUUGAACUCCGUUGGUGCAAAGCUGAACUCAUGCUGGAGGACAUUGCGAGGAACUGUACAGAAGGCUGUAGUCAAGGCGCCCACCAGUGAAGUUCUUCACCACACCUGCUGCUCGUACCACGAUCUGUUAAGGUGCGCCGACCAAUCGUUGGCGCCAUGUGAGAGCACCGGCGGAAAAGAGCUCGUCCUCGGCGUACUCCAGCGCGUGUUCGGUGGUGCCGUGAACUUGGUGUGCGGGGACUACGCGAAAGCAUCCGAGGCAUGCAAGGCGCUGCCAAAACUACCUUCACUCAGUGCCAAUGAUCGCAAGAUCGAGAACUACAUUGAGGUUCUUGCAGAAGCUGCCAUCACGUUCGGCCGCAAGAACUAGGUGGUAGUGCCUUACACAUCUAGCUAUGGCUUCCGUGUUUCUUGUUCACAUCGAACGUAUUUUUGGCACACACGCAAACUGCAUUGAGA